AUGGCAUUCAUCGCACCCGCCCCGACCAGACUUCCCGAUCUUCCAAAUGAAAUUCUUCUUCUUAUUAUCCAAAAAUGCCCUCGUGCUACACUGAAAAAUGUCCGCUUGGCUUCCAAAAGCCUUGCUCAAAUGGCCGACCCUUACCUUUGGCGGAAAGUUGUCCUUGUUCCCAACGACCACUGUAUUCUCGGUUUCAUCAAGGGCCUCAAACGUUCAAAAGUCACUCGCCAUGUCACCAAACUAACCUAUGAUGCCCGUUUUGGCUCCUUCUUCCAUCACAUCAAGACUUACGAACCGGAACCGGGAAUCACCGUUUCUCAGGAAGAAAAGACUCAAGGAAAUGCUUUGCUGGACCGCGCUGCUCAAGGCCGCUUUCAACCGUACGAGGACAUGGCCAUUGAGGUUGCAAUGCUCACCAAAGCCUUAAGAAUGCUACCAAAUCUGCGCGAGGCACUGGUACGAGACUACGAAGACAUAGGCACGGUUUCCUCCAAAGUUCCAUCCUUCUACCACAAGAUCUGCCACAAAAUUAAGGUCAACCCGGAAAAAGUCAACUUUUCCCUAAUGGCCGGAAGUUCCGGAAGAUCGUACACCAAAGGUAUUCUUACAGCCGCAUUUUCAGCUGGUUCCCGUCUUCAAACCUUCAAGACGAAGAAUAUUGAUGGUCGUGCCAUGUUCGGGGUGGUGCCGAUGAAGUCUGCAGCGGCAUAUCAGCAACUGAGUAUUUUCCAGGCCAUCAUGGAAAAUCUUCGUGUUCUUGAUCUUUCCUUCAAAAAUGACUCGUUGUUACCGACCGCAAAUCACAUUGAGGCCGUUCAGGCCCUCCUCAAAUCAGCGAAGAAGCUCAAAACCCUCCGAUUACGCUUGACGGAUUGUAGUGUCACCCGUUAUCAAUACUCUGAUGAUGAAUUACUAUCCGAUUUGAGCGGAAUGCUGGAAACCCCGACCGGAAGCUGGAUAUGUCGACCGCUCCUACCACAGCUGGAGACUUUGAUGAUUGAUGCGUGCAUCUGCCAUGACGAAGACCUAAUUCACUUCUUAAAAAUUCACUCCGCGACGCUUCGAAGAUUGGAACUUUCCAAUAUCACCCUGCUUGGUGGUGAGGAUCGGCGGGAAUGUUGGGUCAAAAUGAUCAAACACUUGAAAACCGACCUGAAACUGACGUCCAUAUCUUUUAGCGGAUGGUUCAGUAAUGGUGGCCGUCAGCAAUGGUUCGUGGCAAAGGACAACGUCGGUACGGAUAGGUUAAAAGCAAAGGUCGAAAACUACGUCAUCGACAAACGUAUCCGCGAGUGUCCUCUGGAGCCAAUCGCUAUUAAACCGAACCAAGGUGACGUCGAAAAGCCGACAAACGGUGAAGAGUAUGAAGGCGAUCUAACCUGGACGAUGGUUUAUUCGAACAGGUUUGGCGAUCAGAUGGAUUGGCAAUUGACAGAACCAUCCUUUGGAAUUCCUUCGGUCGAUCUCUCUGAUCCGUCAUCUGCGGAUGAUGAUACCAACUCAGCAUUCAACCAAGGUCCUAGCAACGGGAGCGAUAACGACGAACCAUACCUGGUCCCCGCCAGCGAACAACUAGUCGAUAUUGAUGAGUUCUUGGGCAUCAAGCCCAAAAAACCCAAAUCUAACUUGUUCCCGCCAAAGCCCAUCCAUUAUCCCACCGCCGCGCCGACCCCGAGUUCGUCGAUACAAACUUCCACUUGGAAUCCUUUCUCAUCGGGCCUUGGGGGACCGAAUGUCUCGUUCAUCAACACGUGGUCAUGA